UGCCUUCUGAGAUCGCUCGCCACGUCAUGUCGUACGGAUAUCCGGGUUACUCUGGGGGUCCGCCGGGCUAUCCCCCGCCUCAUCACCAGUACGCCCCUCCCAGCUAUCCCCCUCCGCAGCAGCAGCAGCAGCAGUACCACCAAGCUCCUCCUCAGGCUCCUCCCCAGGGCUACGGCGGUUAUCCAGGUCAAGCCUAUCAUCACCAGCACCAGCCUCAGAAUGCACCUCAAGCGAACCCCUAUGGCUAUGCGCAGCCUUCUCCCCAAGCUUACCACGGAACACCUCCUCAGAACUCAUAUGAUCAGCAGGGCUAUUCGGGAUACGGACAGCAGCCGUCACACUCGCCGGCGCCGAGCGGGACACCUAUGGGACAACAACCCAUGCACAGGACUCAGGCCCCGUCCAAUCCUAAUGGACCUGCACGUCCGCCUAGUCAGCCGGUUUCCUUCGGACAGGGUGCGCCCCAAGGUUAUACUUUCCAGUACUCGCAGUGCACUGGAAAGAGAAAGGCGUUGUUGAUUGGUAUCAACUAUUUCGGUCAGAAGGGCCAGCUGCGCGGCUGUAUCAACGAUGUGAAGAACAUGUCCACCUACUUGAACCAGAACUUCGGCUAUGCGCGGGAAGAUAUGGUGCUCUUGACCGACGACCAGCAGAACCCAAUGAGCCAGCCGACCAAGGCAAAUAUCCUGCGAGCCAUGCACUGGUUGGUCAAGGAUGCGGAGCCCAACGACUCGCUCUUCUUCCACUACUCAGGACAUGGUGGUCAAACCCCAGAUCUUGACGGCGAUGAAGACGACGGUUAUGAUGAAGUCAUCUACCCGGUCGAUUUCCGUGCAGCGGGUCAUAUUGUCGACGAUGAGAUGCAUCGGAUCAUGGUGAAGCCACUCCAAUCGGGCGUUCGGCUGACGGCGAUUUUCGACUCGUGCCACUCGGGCUCUGCCCUGGAUCUCCCGUACAUCUAUUCCACACAGGGUAUCAUCAAGGAGCCCAACCUGGUCAAGGAAGCCGGUCAGGGCCUGCUGGGUGUGGUGUCUGCCUACGCUCGUGGCGACAUGAGCACCAUGAUGUCGUCAGCAAUGGGUUUCCUGAAAAAGGCCACCCAGGGCGACGAAGCCUACGAGCGCACCAAGCAGACCAAGACCAGCCCUGCCGAUGUUAUCAUGUGGUCCGGCAGCAAGGACGACCAGACCAGCCAGGAUGCUCAGAUUUCCGGCCAGGCGACCGGAGCCAUGUCUUGGGCUUUCAUCUCGGCCCUCAAGAAGAACCCACAGCAGAGCUAUGUGCAACUUCUGAACAGCAUCCGGGAGGAGCUGGCCUCCAAAUACACUCAGAAACCACAGCUGAGCGCCAGUCACCCUUUGGAUGUCAACCUCCCAUAUGUAAUGUAGAUACCGCGUGUGAAAAUAAUCGGUCUUCCCACAUUUUCUUUUCCCUUUUUUCUCGAUUGCGAUUCUUGUGCAAAUUAUACCUGGAAGAGUCGAUACGAACCAUAUUCUCUUGAUGGGUGCCCCAGCUGGACCUUCUCUUACAAUUCA